CGCAGUGGCUUUCGAAAAACAACUUUUGAGCAUCAAAAUUUGAAAACACCAGCUAGUUCCCGGAUUCUCCCGGUCGCCCAGGCCCGUCAGUACUCGCCAUUCUUCCGGCUCCCCACCGAUGUCUAAAUUGAACUGAGUACGCCUUUCCCCAAGUAGCAGUCGCCGUAUCCGGAUUCCGUCCCAGACACAACCGAAACCCAUUCCCAGCAGUCGAACAGACAGCCCAAAGACACUCCCACUCCAGCAAGACGGUAUGUGCGUGUAGAUUCCUAUAUAUGCGGUUCAGUUGGCCAACCGCAAAAAUUCUUGAAAGACCAAAUAAAGAAAACAAGGAGAACUAACUUGGGCCAAAGCAAAGCAGAGCCAAGCGCCAACGGAAAUUGUUAACCUUUGGGGAUAUCAAACAUUUACGAUUGCGUGGCGCGGCAGCGGCAGCAACAUUUAAGUUUUUAUCAGCACAAAAUAAAGUUUUGGUUUACGGAUUGUGUUUCAGCUUGCCGCCCUCACCCAUUAUUUGGCCGGAGGCAGCCACAAGUGCCCAGGAGCAGGAGGUAGGAGCUGAAGGAGGAGCAGGAGUUGGAUCAGGGGCUGAAGGCUCGUCCCUGUUGAUUCCGGGGCACGCAGAACUUUUAUCCUUUUCAAUUUCGUUUUUCUUGGCGAGUACUUUUGAGGGAUUUAAAUUUCUGUUUGCUGCCGGGGCAACAGCGAAACAACCGUGGGAGCGGCAAUAUCGACUUGCUGGCGACCAGCCUUCAUGAAGGAAAAGAAAAAGAGCCGCGGAGUUCUUCCACCUGGUCCUGAUCCACCUGGAUCCUCGAAUGUAGUCAACUCAGAGGAUUUCCAAUCGGAAACCGAUGACAGGACCCACGAGGUGGGUGAUCAGGGAGCUCCCUUCAUCUUGGUGGACUGCAUGGCCCUUAAAGAUCUCAUCGAUUUGGAUGCAACCCUUUGUCAAGUGGAGCGGAAUAGGAUGGAAAAGGUGGAGGACGAGAUAGGGGGCAACUAUGGUAUUCCACUGGAGGAUGUGACGCCACCUCCAGAAUUGGACAUGCCCAUCAACCUGAGCUCCAAGGAACUGGCUAGGCUGAAAGCUGCAGAGGAUGAGCGUCGUUUCAAUGAGGAUAUGCGGAAUCUCACCAUUUCUCGGACGGAGGAAGAUGAGGAAGUCACCUCUGACACAACUGAACACAAGGUCAAUUCCAUAUCCGAUGUGGCACUGAAUGAAAGCAAGCUUCUGUUGCAGACCACCUCCAAUCUGGAGCAGAUACGCAGUAAGCUUGAGCAGCUGAGGGAUCUGCAGGAGCAGAUCCUGUUGGCGGAUUCCGUUCCGGAGGUGGUUGCCGCAUCCUCAGUUUUGGAACGUCCAAGCAUUCGCCGGCAGGGCACCUUCGACAUCAAGCGUGAUGGUGACAAAAAUGUGGAUUAUCCUGACAUUGCCCCAGAAGCUUCUGAAGCGAAAACUCAGUCGCAGAGCCGAACACUGCCAAUUACUCGCCGGGCAAGGAUUAGGGCCAAAAUUACCAGCUCCGGGACUAUAAGCCGAAGCGAGAGAUCAAAGUCCGUUGACGGCCAGAAGGUUACUUCAGAAAAUGAGCAGAUCAUCAGCCAGAUUGGCGAUCUCCUUAUGAAACUGCAGCUCCACCACGAGCAGGGUUCGGUUCUCGAUGAGGGAUCCUCGUAUUCCUUCAUGGUGACCAUUAAGCCGGCUGGAGGUGCCUCCAACUGCUCCGUUCACGCAAUUACAGAUCUAAAAUCCCGCGAAAGAAAGACCUCUGUGCAGCCCCAAGAUUUCCAGUCUCCAUCCAUUAAUAUUUUUUCUCCUGCUAAUGGAACGGAGGUUGCUGAGUUAUCCUUAAGCUCUCGUUGCGUAAAUGGGAACUCUUUUCUUCCUAUUUCCGUUCCCGAAACGUCCUCUAUGCGGGUCAAGUCCCCAUAUUUGCGUAAAAGACCGUGCUCCUACUUGAAAGUUCCUGCCCCGGCUAGAUAUUGCCAUGGUAGAAAAAGAGAUUAACACGGGACUAAUAGGAUUUCCGUUACCAUACAUUAUAUUUAUUUUAAAGGAAUUCAAGAACUGACAAAUAAAUAUAUAUUUUUUAUGAUUAGGGGAAUAUCAGAUAGGGAGAAGCUAAAGGAAUUCGCUUGCUGAACGUAAAAAGGAUUCGAAUUAUUUUUUCAUGCCUAUUGUAUCAAUCGCAACGACCUCAAGUAUUAUCAACUGCAUGGUAAAAAGGUUUCAAUGAAUUAAAAAAUAGUUUAUAUGAAAUGCGCUGAUAUAUAAACUCUAAUUAUAUUUUAAAAUUUAUGAAUUACAAUUUGACCUGAAUUAAAGCUA